UGCAUUAGAUCCAAUUACUAUUGCAUAAGCGUCAAUUUCAAGAUGUCCAAGUGGCGAAAUAAUCGCCUUAAUUGAUUAUGAAUACAGUGAUAAAAGGUCUUAAAAGACUUUUGAUUAUUAAUCUAUAAACGAUUGAUAAAUGAUUGAUACAACAUAAUUUGUUCAGCAAAAUGGAUUUAAGCAAAUACUCUUUUAUUUUCUCAAAGUUGCACAAACUAUGGAAACUGAAGGUGCAUUAAUGGGUCCUCUUUGUGGAAUACUGACCAUUAUAUCUUUCCAAACCUGUGUUCUUGGAUUACAGAAUACAGUGACAGCCAGAAAAAGAUUGUAUUUGGACAACAAGGUAACCCCAGAACGGCUAUUGUGGGAACGGCCGAAGCGUGGCGCCUCUCUCUGCGUUGGUGAGUGCGCACAGGACCCCGCCUGCGUAAGCACUUUCUACAACAAGGUCACCGGCAAAUGUCAAGGUCACUCCGUCACAUUUGGUGUACCGGACGCGUCGGCGACAGUGGAGAUGAAUUCACGAUAUAGCGUUCAGUCGCGUGGCGAAGGCUACAUCAUGGACAGCUGUACGGUGGACGCAGAAUGUACGGUGAUUAACUCGAUCUGUUGGCAGAAGACUGGGGAGUGUAUGUGUGACCCGGGGUAUAGCUUCUCUCCAAACACGCGGGAAUGUCUCAGCGCUUGUCCAAAUGGCUACGGACCGCUUUUCAUGCCGUACCACGACCACUACAUCCACUUGUCCAACACGGAAACAAUAAACGCCGUCACACUUGAGGAGUGCUACGGUUUCUGCGUCAACCGCACGAAUUACACGUGCAAGACGCUGGAGUACAUGGCGGGAACCACAUGUUUUCUCGCCAACAUCACGAGGCUGGAUUACCCCAUUAAGUGGACGGAAGACACGAAUCAAGUUUUUGACGUCUCUUACUACCAGCGUGACUGCGCGUGACUUUGACUGUGUGAAACGUUGGGCUAUGUAAUACGUGUGACGAAGUUCUCUUCUUACAAAAUCAACAGGCAUUUCCGGUGAUUUUGCCAUACUGGAAAAUACCAUCUGGCACCCCCAUGACAGAUAAGUCACGUGCAAAACGCGCCAUUUUUUAUUUCUUUUCUUGUACGGUUUAUGAAAAGAACAUUAUGCCAUUUCAAUAGAGCGCAAAUAAAUAUAUAAGUAUG